CAACAACACAGCCUCUGAUUCUGAUGGUCAAACGGGUGCGCGGUUUAACAGGUUCGAUGAGCAGGCUGCGAGAGCCAAUCCCUCGUUCACCGAAGGAAUGUUGUUUGAUAAUAGGCACCAGUUCAAGAAGGCCUGCAGGGAGUGGGGAAUAGUCAACAGGUAUCAAGUUUGGUUCCCCACUAAUGAGAAGACGCGGGUUAGGUGCAAGUGCUAUGCCAAGUGUGGUUUUUUCGUCUUCGCUUCAAAACUAGAUAUGGCAAAUCCGGAAGACGAGACAUUCCAAGUGAAGAGCUUUUUCUUGGAACACACUUGUCCUAAGAGGACAACCAACUUCCACGUCACAAGUUCGUAUCUGGCAGAUAGUUUUUUGGAGGAGUUCAGAAACAAUCCCGACUAUACCCCUGAGCAGUUUAAGGGCAAGAUCCAAAGAGAGCUGAAACAGAACAUCCCAAUCCAGAAAGCAAGAAGAGCUAAGAGGAAGGCUUUGGAUAAGUUGGAGGGGGAUGAAGAUGGACAGUAUGAGAAGAUGUAUGACUACAGGAGGGAGGUCCUUAGAACAAAUCCUGGCAGCACUGUCGAGUUUAAAGAGCCGAGAGGGAAAUUUCAAGGCAUGUAUGUCUGUUUUGAUGCGAUGAAGCAGGCUUUCAGGAAUGGCCUUAGGGAGAUUGUGUGCCUUGACGGUUGUUGGCUCAAGGGAAAGUAUGGGGGUCAGUUGCUUUCUGCAACCGGUAUUGACCCGAAUGAUUGCAUGUACCCCCUUGCAAUGGCGUGGGUGAAGGUGGAGAACACAGAUUCUUGGACGUGGUUUAUGGAGCUGCUGAAGGCGGAUCUGCACUUGGGCAACAGCACAGUUUUUAUGUCUGAUAAACAGAAGGGGUUGGUCAACGCCGUGAAGGAGCUGUUUCCCUAUUCUGAGCAUAGGUUCUGCUGGAGGCAUCUAUGGUCAAAUUAUAGGUCCACAUUUCACCAUCAACACUUGAAGCCUCUGAUAUGGAACAUUGGGAUAGCUUCUUACAAAUCCAAAUUUGUUGCGGCAAUGAAGGUUUUGGAAGACAGCCAUGCAGAGGCAUACGCGUGGAUUAGUGCUAGACCAAGAGAGCAUUGGUCUAGGUACUAUUUUGGUACAGAAGUGAAGUGUGACAUUCUCCUCAACAAUCUGGCCGAGGCGUUCAACAAGUACAUCCUGGCUGCCAGAGUGAAACCAAUUUUGACCAUGUUCGAAAUGAUCAGAACCCAGCUCAUGAAGCGGAUAUAUGACAAGCAACUUUUGGGGAGUAAAUUUCAGACUGAUGUGUGCCCUAAAAUUUUAAAGAAGCUUGACAAGAUCAUCGAUGAGGGAUGGAAGUACACCGCAACCCCUACCGGCGGCCCACAAGUUCAAGUUAGUGGUCCCGGGGGGCAGUUUGUGGUGAAUUUGCCUGAAAGAACUUGCACCUGUAGAAGAUGGGACCUGACUGGGAUUCCAUGCGUCCAUGCCUGUGCUGCUAUUCAUGAGAACAAUGAACACCCACGGCGGUACAUUGAUGACUGUUAUAGCAAAGCGGUGUACGAGCGAGUUUAUAGCUUUGUUAUCAAUCCCAUGAAUGGGGCUGAUAUGUGGGAAACAGACCCAAACCCCUUCAAUAUCAUACUCCCACCCUCACCAGUGCAACAAAAGAAGAGAGGGAGAAAGGCAACGGUAAGGCGACUGGAGGCUGAGGAGCUUGAAAAGCAGGCUGCCGAGAAAGCAAGCGACGCACAAGCGACGAGGGCCAAGUUAUCACGAAAGGGGCGUCUGCGAAUUAAGUGUAGCGAGUGUGGACAGUUUGGGCACAAUAUCAGGAAACAUUUAAAGGAAAGAGGUCAAGCUUCGGGUGGAGGUGAACAGCAGCCAUCUGUAAAUGAAGGUGAAGGACCAAUGGCAGAGAGUGAAGCUACUACUGAAGUGCCGCAUGCGUCCCCAGCAUACCAGACAUUGCCAUCUGAAACAGAAGCUGCUUGUAAUCUUGACAGCCAAACGAGUGCAGUUGAUGAUGGUGCUCCACCCAAAAGACAGCGCAAGAAGAAGAGUAGUACAGAAGCGUCUGAAAGAUACAAGGAACAUCUGAGGAAAAGACCUAGGCAGGGCUAG